AUGACAAAGGAUGAGGAGGAAAAGAAGAGGAAGAAGAAGAAGAAGGUGAUGCGGACAAGGAAUACGCUUCGUGAUAUUACUAACUAUGACGGAAGAGAACGGGCGCGAGGAUCAAUGUUCGACGACUACAUUCAAAAAAUUCUCGCAUUUCUGCCACCAACUUAUCCAGUUGAGUAUGUGACCAGAGAGGAAGCACUCAAGUCGAUUCAUGGGUAUAUGAUGUGUUUGGUUCCUGACAUGGAAGAACGACUUAGUAAAGAUAAUGGCUACAGAAUUCGUCGCUAUAUUCCUGUUGACGGUAGAAACAGAAGCGUGUGGGUGCAUGCUGGAGAUCCGGAGAACAACGAAAUUUGGGCAAGACAACAUAUCAUCGAGCAAGAACAUCUGAAACGAGAAAAGGCGGAAGCGAUGAAGACGGAUUCCCAGAUCGAUGAAGAUGCGAAACCGGUGAAAAUCGAAUAA